UCGCGCCUCCCAAUUCCUGUCCGAGGAGCUGCCGAUCCGUCUCGCUCAUCGAGUGCAGGACCUUGGGGAGCUGCCCGAUGGUCUCAGCGAAAUGCCGUCCAUAAAAAAGGUGCAGGACUGGUAUGCCCAGUCGUUCGAUGAAAUUAUCACCCUCCCUCGCCCCAAACUGUCUCAAGAGGUGAAGGAACGUCUGCUGCGUCCGGGCAGACUCAAUGGGGGAUACUCUAAGGUCCUCUCCGAGACAACGCAGAACCCCAGCAUCCGUGAAGGGCAGUACCGCUCGUCGCCCACCUCUGUGUUGAACGGCAAUGGAAACGGCAAACCCGCGGCAUCAGGACGCCGAUACUACGCCCCAUCGGACGACCAGGGCGAUUGGCCCCCGAUGUUGGAUAUUUAUAACGAGCGCUUCGCCCAGACUCUGAAGGGCAUCAAGCGGAGACACGACAGUGUCGUGACCACUGUAGCUCAAGGUAUACUCGAAUGGAAACGCAAGCGCCAGCGCCUGCAGAUCGACUCAACUGUCCAGUCCUUCCUCGAUCGAUUCUAUAUGUCCCGGAUUGGUAUACGAAUGCUCAUCGGUCAGCACAUCGCUCUCACAGAGCAAACCCGUCUACGGCAACCUAACUACGUCGGAAUCAUCUGCACCAAAACCAACGUGCGAGAAGUUGCCCAGGAAGCAAUCGAGAAUGCCCGGUUCGUCUGCGAGGAUUACUAUGGUCUGUUUGAUGCUCCUAAGGUGCAACUCGUGUGCAAACCAGAUCUGAACUUCAUGUAUGUUCCGGGUCACCUGUCUCAUAUGCUCUUCGAGACCUUAAAGAACUCCCUGCGCGCCGUGGUGGAAGCCCAUGGCGCCGACAAAGAUAAUUUCCCCCUCACCAAGGUCAUUAUCGCAGAAGGCAAAGAAGAUAUUACCAUCAAGAUCUCCGACGAAGGCGGUGGCAUCCCCCGUUCUGCCAUUCCCUUGGUCUGGACGUACAUGUACACUACCGUAGAGCAGACGCCGAACCUGGAUCCCGGGUUUGACAAGAGCGACUUCAAAGCCCCGAUGGCGGGUUUCGGAUACGGUCUGCCCAUCAGUCGGUUGUAUGCGCGAUACUUUGGCGGCGACCUCAAGCUGAUCAGCAUGGAAGGGUAUGGUACGGACGUCUAUCUCCAUCUCAAUCGACUCUCGUCGAGCUCGGAACCUCUGCAAUGACAAUUACCAGUCAUGAGGGAUGGUCGUGUCCGAUUUUCUACUUCCCAUAGACUUCAUCCUUUCUACACGGAACCGGACCCGCCACCAUCCCAAGGAUUGACGCCCAUGAACAUACAAAACGCUCGCGCUCGGAUGCGAACACGGGAAAUUUCCGAACGCAAGCAAGUCGGGGAUGCAGCCAGCCUCCUCAACGCCGAAAGGCUGGGAUAGGUGACUACUGUAUAAGUCCGACUAGAUACUUGCCGUGUCUGCAACGAUGCGUAUGUGUGGGGAAUAUUAUAAGGUCUGCUCGAGUAGCCUUGUGUCAGUAGACCCUUGUGGAUGGAGACAUGCCCAUCUUUGGAAAGAAAAAAAAAAAAAAAAGA